ACGAAAAAAAAGUUGGGAGUACAUUUAAACGCGAUUUUCUCUCUCUCUUCUGAAGGUUGGCCACCGUUUUUGCAUCAGCCGUGAAGCUCCUGCGCUCCAUUCUCCCUGCCAUCGCAACCAUCAGAAGCUCAGAAGCCAUUUAAAAAAAGCGUCAUCUUCACAUCAGCAAAUUGGGCUCCAUUUUUGGGCCAUUUUUUGCAGAGGCGAAGCUUGCUUUCAACUUUUCUCUCCUUCAGUCUUGCAUCACCUGUGAUAAGGAUAACAUACUUCAUGGUCUCGAUAAGAACAAGGGGAGUUUGUUUGGAGAGCAAAGAGAGAGGAUGUUCACAUGAACAUUGAAGCUGCUCGCACUGAUGUGAUUGGUGAGCCUGCAAAGAGACUUCCAACUGCAUGAAUUCGCAAUGAUCAAGUGGUAACAGAUGGUUGACUUUGGUGUCAGGACGCUAUCGAUAGAAUUGUUUCGUGUAUAAGCCAGCUUGAGAUAAUUCUUUGCGCUUGGCUCCCUUUUGUGUCAAUUUCAUGCAAUGAGCUCAAAAGUUCAGCUUCCCUUCAGUUCAAGAGCUUCAAAUUUGCGAGACUCUUUUAAAUUGGCUAUUCGUCCUAUUUUGACUGCAUGCCAAAAGGAGGAGUUUUACAAUGUUUUCUCAACAUUUAGCAAUGUGGAACAAAAAGCUCUGCAUAAGCUAUUCAUGCAGGUCAUCACAUCUAUGCAUGAAAGUAUGGAGGAGGAAUUUGAGUCUAUCUGUAAAGAGACACAGGUGAUUGAUGCUCUGGAUGCAAUUGAUGUGCUCGUUGAAAAACAAAGUAAUGACAUUUUGCAGGGAGACGGGAAAUCAUUUGAUACUGUGAAAGAACAGUUGACAAGACAAAAGAAGGAUGAAAUCCUUUACUUAAAGAGCAGGCUAGAAAGGGUAGAGAACCAAAACAAACUCAACAGAGCACGGUUGGAGUCCCUAAAUGAGGGAUGCGAGAAUCUUUAUGUUGCUGCAAAUGUUCUUGAAAAGUGGAACUAUUCAAAUGUAGAAUAUGGACUAAUGCGGGAGGAGUGGAAGGUGUCUUAAAUGAAGUUAAAAACGCUCACUGCAGAAUCCUGCACCCUUGUUCUUGUAGUAUCCAUAGCAGUCCUGUCUAUAGAUGAUUUGUUAAUUCAGCUACUGUGGUCUUCCUUGUUAAACAAGCAGUAGAACUAUGGUUCCAAACAUAUAGAGAGAGAGAGAUUGAGCUUUUUUUGUUAGCUAUAGCAUGAGUCCAUAAAGAAACGUUGCAGGUAUGUUUCAGAAUGUAAAGUACAGUGAUUUCCUGCGCUCGAAUUGUUGUCAUUCCAGCUCUUUGUAAUUUUUGUUAUUGUAGUUGACAAUGGCUAGAUGGUUUUUCCAUCCUUUAAACCCU